CUGCAAUGUAAAGAUUAAAGAAUUUCAGUUCAAGUGAAGCAGUGAUUGUGUCAAGUUUAAAAUGUUUUUCGCAAAAAUACAAAGUAGAGGUGGCUGCGCGAUAAAGAGAGCUUCAGUUAUUCGUUUGCUAGUGACAGAACAGGAACCACUCCAACCACAGCAUAUCAACACCAUCUCAACUACAAAUCCCCCUGCAACUGCGAGCCAACAAACCGAUCCCGCAUUAGAAUGGGAAAAAGCACGCCCAUUCAGCGAACUUCCACGUGUUGGUGGACUUAAGUUGAUUAGUAAAUUUUUUCCGGGCGGUGCAUAUGCCAAAUUAGAUUUCAAAGACUUGGUGACAACUAUGCGCAACGAUUACGGACCUAUUUUCAUGAUGACAGCCAUGAUGGGUCGCCCCGAUAUCAUAGUGACGCACAAUCCCGACGAUUUUCCAAAUAUCUUUCGCAAUGAAGGCAUUUGGCCCAAUAGACCCUUCUCGGAAACUAUAGGUUAUCAUCGGAAUAAAAUGCGCGCAGAUUUCUUUCAGGGCGUCGAGGGCACAAUAUCAACGCAAGGCGAAAAAUGGAACACUUUUCGUAAGGUCGUCAAUCCAUUGCUUAUGCAGCCGAAAAAUAUUGAGAUGUAUACCAAUAAAUUAGCGCAAGUGAAUCAGGAAUUUGUCGAGCGCAUACGUUUAAUACGCGAUCCGAAAUCCUUAGAAAUGCCCGCUGAUUUUGAGGAAUGUUUACAUCGUUGGACCCUGGAAUCAGUGGCUGUUGUGGCUUUAGACAAACAGCUCGGUCUGCUGCGUGAGGACAGUGAACAUUAUGCUGAUGCUUUGAAACUCUUUGUUGCGUUAAAUGAGUUUAUGACACUUUCUUUGGACCUGGAUUAUAAACCAACACUGUGGAAGUUUAUAGCCACACCAAAAUUCAAACGCCUCAUGCAAUCAAUGGAUGAUAUACAGGCCAUAACAUGGAAGUAUAUAACCGAAGCAGUUAAGAAACUUGAAAGGGAAAGUCAACAAGGCAUCGAACGACCCACACAGGAGCAGAGUAUAUUAGAAAAAUUACUAAAGAAAGACAAGAAAAUCGCAACUGUCAUGGCUAUGGAUAUGCUUAUGGCGGGUGUUGAUACGACCACCAGUUUAACUGUUGGCGCCCUGCUCUGUUUAGCCAAGAAUCCCGAAAAACAAGAGCUGUUACGCGAAGAGGUGAUGCGUGUGCUGCCACAAAAAGACGGCGCUUUUAUAGACGAUCCACUAAAGCAUGCUCCUUACUUGCGCGCUUGUCUCAAGGAAUCUUUACGUGUUUACCCCGUGGCCAUAGGAAAUAUGCGUGUGCCAGUAAAUGAUCUAGUACUAAGUGGUUAUCAAGUGCCUAAAGGCACAUACGUCAGCAUGAUCUUCGCUCCAUUACAAUCGGAUGCGCGUUAUUACUCACGUCCUAUGGAAUUUUUACCGGAACGUUGGCUCCGUUCGAACUCGGAGGUGGAUGAACCACAGAAGAGAGAUACAGUGGAGUGUCCGCAAUCGAUAAAAGUGAGCAGUCCUUUCGUUUAUUUACCGUUCGGCUUCGGUCCAAGAAUUUGUCUUGGUCGCCGAAUAAGUGAAUUGGAAGUGGGUUUGGGUAUCGCAAGAUUGAUUAGAAAUUUCAAAGUGGAAUUUCAUUACCCGACGGAUAGGGCAUUUAAAGGCAUGUUAAUUAAUAUGCCAAAUAUACCGUUAAAAUUCAAAUUUACAGAUAUUGAUUGAUCAUGGAUUUGGAAUAUAAAUUAUUAUACAAAUGUACGUACUAUUCUUUCGAAAAUAAAAAGUAUACUUUUAAUAAUUCUUAAUAAA